UCCGUGGCCCAGAUUGGGGCCCAGAUUAUGCCCUGCUCUUUUUAAAACGCUCCUGCUCUUAAAAUCCCAGUUUUGGGACUUCACUCACUCGUGGUGACCUCGUGACGUCAUGACGGUGAACAGACGGCGUCAUGAUCACGUGAGACCGACGACAGCGCGGCCGGGCCCAGCGCGAGAGAAAAACAACACUGAGAAGAAACCACAUUUAUAUUCCUGUUUUAUUUUUGAAACGCGGACUUUAUUCGCUUCCGCUGCGGGGUUUUAAAGAAGCUGGGCGUGUCCCCCGCAGCCGCUCGAGCGCCACCCUGUGCUGCCGCGCGGUAGUGGCAGCGGUAGUAGCCGUUUGUUUGUUUGUUGUUGCCGUCAGCUGUGGCUCGUGCCAUCAUCUCGUGAUCGGAGAGCUGUCCUGUCGCGCGCAUGCAGCAGAAUGGCUCCGUCGGCUCCAUUGACGGUUCUGAUGUCAGCGGCAGCAGCAGCGGCGGCAGCGGCAGCAGGGAGCGCCACUCCCCGUCCUUCAGCCCGCUGCUGCCCGCCGCCACGACGCGGGUGAGGCGCUUCAUCCAGGAGAGACGCACGCUGCCUCUACCCAGAGUGAUGGUGGUAUUCUCGGGCACGGGGAGCAGCGAGAAACCGAGCGAUGCCAUGUCUGGCUCGGACUCUGCGGAGGACGAGUUCCGAAAGCCAGCGGCCGCCUCGCCGAAGCUCAGCGGCCGCGGCCGCAGCAGCAGCGGCGGCAGCAGCAAGGCGCUCCGCUCCGCCCUCAGCGGCCAGGAGGAGCAGGAGUUUCCAGAGGUCAUCUCUCUGAACGUGGGCGGCAUGUACUUCACCACGCGUCUGUCCACGCUGCGGCGCUACGACGACACCAUGUUGGCCGCCAUGUUCAGCGGACGCCACUACAUCCCACGCGACGCCGAGGGACGUUACUUUAUUGAUCGAGACGGGAUGUAUUUCGGUGACAUCCUUAACUUCCUCCGUGAGGGCGAGCUUCCCCACAGGAACCGGGCGAGAGCGGUGCACCGUGAGGCUCAGUACUACUCCAUCGGCCCACUGCUGGACAGCCUGGAGGACGUUCAGCCGCUCACCGGAGAGAAAGUGAGACAAGCUUUCCUCGAUCUGCUGCCUUAUUACAGAGACAAUCUGGAGCGCAUCGUGGAGAUUGCCAAACUGAGGGCGAUGCAGAAGAAGGCGCGCUUCGCCAAGCUGAAGAUCUGCGUGUACAAGGAGGAGAUGCCCAUCACGCCUUAUGAGCGCCCGCUCUUUAACUCUCUGCGCUUCGAGCGCUCGGACAGCGAGGCCAAGCUGUUCGAGCACCACUGCGAGGUGGACGUGUCCUUCGGGCCGUGGGAGGCGGUGGCCGACGUGUACGACCUGCUGCACUGCAUCGUCAGCGACCUGUCGGAGCGCGGCAUUGCCGCCGAGCAGCAGUGCAUCGGCGUCUGCGACAAGCACCUUAUCAACCAUUACUACUGCAAGAGGCCCAUCUACGAGUUUAAGAUCACGUGGUGGUGAAGCGGACACUCAGAAGGACAGACGUUCCCUUCUUUUAUAUAAACUCAGCUGAUAUUGGUUUUUUGUAUUGAAGUUGCCAAUAUUUUUUUUGCUGACGACUGAAAAAGGGAACCCUUUAAAUUAUGUUUUGAUGGCUAAAUUCAGUUUAUUAGGAACGUCUGUACUCAAACUAAUGCAACAGUGAGGGAUGUUAUCGUUCAGUUCUGGUUUUAUAGGAAGAUGUUGAAGCUCGUGUUUGUGUUCAACUGCGUUAUUUUCCCUUUUAUACAGAAAAGGAAGGUGUUUACGUUUCUGUAGCCCUCAUGUUUUCUCUCAGCCAAGGAAUCAAAUCAAUAUUAUUCAAUAGGAAUGAAAGUAUUUUUAGUUUCUAGUAUUUAUAUAGCAUUAUUUUAUUUUUUUUAUUGGAUUCUUUUCACAGACCUGCAGGAAGUGUGCGACGGACCCAUUUAAUCAGGUUUACCUAAUAACAUUUGAUUAUUAACACUUGCGUUGUCGUGGUGUCACCACGGUUACGGUAACACCAUGGAAAUCCUGUUUUUGCUGAUCUGAGGAGGAUUAAAAUGUCCGUCGGCACCUGCUGUUCUGUUACAGUCAGGAAAGUCCAGUCAUCUUCAAAUUUACGACAUGCGCCAUGACACAUUUCAGGCACAUCUGUUUGUGUUUUCUGCUCAGACACAGUUCUACGAUCAGACCAACACUCAGAGUCCAGAGUCCAGAAUCCAGAGUCCAGCUCACAGUCACUCGGUGACAUAAGAGACACAAGAAUAUGUCUCCAAUCACCAAAACGCAAGUGUCUCACAGAAGAGAUUUGUCGUCUCCUGUGGACGUUAACAACAAAGAUGAGACACUUGUUCUGUCUUUCCUUCCUUAAUCCAGAUAAUCUGUGCUAUUCUAUCCAUCUGUGACAGAAUUUGUCAUGGAAUGAUUCGGCACAAUUGUUUAUUGUCCUUAUUUUUGCCUUUUAAUUUAUUCAAACUUAUGAGGGACUCUGCGUUGGACUCAUUUUCCAACAGGACAAAUGUGAUCUGACCGCUGAGCAGGACUGUGACUCAAACCAGACACCGUCUGAGAAAUGCAGCCCAUGCUAACAUGCUAAUCUCGCUUACAGAUUGUUAUUCUUUUUAUUCCCGUGGCUUAUUCUGGUCAUUUUUGAGCGCGUUAACGUACGUUAAAAACUCUGACCCAGGGCUCUACGUCGCCCCCCCGAGGUGAAACGCGGAUGGAGCGAGCCGACAUUAAGUUAAAUUUGCACGAAACUUGGAAACUUGUCGCCGCCCAAGACGAACAACAAAAGUCCGUUUGAGACCACGGCCUCGACUCAACAGGAAGUCGGCCAUUUUGGUGAUUUUGCAAGCUACCUAACUCCACGAAACAGGAAGUGACCUGUAACUUGGAUGUAGACGAGAGUCUGACAUGAGAGACCAACCCCGAACACGUCUAUGGACGCAAAUUUGACCCAACAGGAAGUCGACCAUUUUGAAUUUUGGCAUCCAUUCUGGAGUUUUUGCAGGCUUCGUAAAUGCACAAACUCCUCUGAGCGUGUUUGACGUACCGACAUUGAAAAAAGGUGUUGGUUACGUUGUUAUCGACAGGUUUCGCACAUUCAAAAGGGCGUGGCCAGGUUUGGCAACAGGAAGUGACCUGUAACUUUGCAGUACGUUGACUGAUUGUCUCGAAACUUCAUUCUUGACACGAGAGACUGACUCCGAACAUGUUUACGGACACAAACAUGACCCAACAGGAAGUCGGCCAUUUUGGAUUUAGCCGCCAUUUAGCCACGGAAACAGGAAGUGCCCUCUUACUUGGCCGUAAAAAAAUCAUCCGGCAACUUUCUGUAACUUUAGCGUGUUUAGUGAGUGAGGGUGAACGCGAGAGCCCUUAACUUUAUUAUUCUUAGUAUUAUACCAUUAAUUUAUUUGAGAUUUAUUUUUAUUUGUAUUAUUUAUUUUUCUUUAAUCAGUCCAGCUGUAGCUUUGGCCUGGUCUGGAUUCAGAUGUGAUCAGGUUCAGGACUGAUUCAUCCUAUUUCCAGGACUGACGUUGAGUGAACCUCGCAGUAAACGCUGAAUAUAAAUAAUUUGAAUAUAAAUAAAUUGAGAGCCAGAAAGAAAGUAGACUGAAGUUCAGGAUGUGGUUUAUCGGCGGCCGGACUCGAGUAAAGAUCCAGUCCAGUCGUCCGUAAUCCUGAAGUCCUGAAGACGACUAAAAAACCUUCACAGGCACAAACUGACGUGUUUUUAAAACGGUGAAUUAAUUGCGGUUUGUGUGGAGAAGCAGAGAUGACGUGUGAGACCGGUGAUUUUGGAUAAACAGAGUAUAUUUUAAUUAUGCAAACCUCCCACUGAGUGGCUUUUAUAAAGACGUGGGUGUGCUUUUGUCUUCACGUUUAUUUAUCAUGUGUGGACAUGUCCUGUCCCCACAGUCACUCAGAGUGAAGGACGCUGAAGUUGUUGCACAGUCGUGUAAAUUAGCAGGUGUGUGUGUGAGAUAAUCUCAAUUCUAACAACUUAAGUAGUUGUUUAAUGUCUUAAAAAAUAGCUUAACCAUAUGAUAUCGAGCAUCCAGACUUAAGUUAAAUAAGUAUUUCCUACUGUACUUGAUGAUGAAAUCCCCGAGCACCUUGUGAUGUUUCCGUUUUGACCUUUGACCUCACACAGCUGUAGAGAGAACGCGCUUUGGAGCACAACCGAUGAUAGAUCUGAAUGUUUUUUAAAUAUCGUUAUUUAUCUCACUUCUGUUAGCUUCUAGGAAGCUGUCGACCGUCGUCUGCAUUUAGUUUGUAGUGAAGACGCAACGUGUGAUUUUUUAUAAUUUAUGUUUAAAUUAAAAACUGUAUGAAAGUAA